AUGAUACUUAAAAAUGAAAACAGUACAAUUGAACAAUUGCAUUCUGAAUUGAUAAAUAAACAUGCUGCAGAUGAAUUAUUAGAAAUAUCAAAUUCAAGUGAUGUUAGCGAUGAAACAUUUUCGCAACCAAAUAAUCUACUUGCGUUUCAAGAAAAUUUUGUUUCAAGUGAUGUUUAUGAGAAAACAAAUGUAUCUCAAAGUAAUUUUGUAAUUAAAAAUGAAAACAUUAAAAUUUCCGAACAACUUCAUUCAGUGUUAAUUAUUAAAAAUGAUGUUAGUGAUGAAAUAUCAGAAGUAAGUAAUUCGAGUGACAGUGAAUUGGGAAUACUUGGGCAACAAACCAAUAUACUUGAAUGUGAACGAAAUUAUAGUACAGACGAUACGGGAGAAAAAGAUAUUGCGUGUGAUGAAAAAUUUAAUGAUGCAAAUAACUCAACGGUCGUUAAAAAUAAAACUAUUAAAGAUGAACAACUGCAUACAGAGAUAAUUAUUAAAGAUGAUGCUGAAGAGGGUACUAGUGAAAGUGAAAUAUUAGAAGAAAAUAAUUCGAGUGAUGAUGAAAUGGAAAUAUUUGGGCAACAAACCAAUAUACUUGAAUGUGAUGAAAAAUUUAAUGAUGCACAUAACUCAGCGAUCGUUAAAAAUGAAAGUAUUCAACAACUGCAUACAAAGCUAAUUAUUAAAGAUGAUGCUGAAGAGGGUACUAGUGAAAGUGAAAUAUUAGAAGAUUCAAGUGAUGUUGGCUAUGAAACAUAUAUUCACGCUAGAAACAAAACAUUUUCAUGUAAUGUUUGUGAUAAAGUAUUUAUGCGACAUAAAAGAACGCAUACUGGAGAAAAACCUUUUUCAUGUGAUGUUUGUGAUAAAUCAUUUACGUCCAAGGCCAACUUAGUUGAGCACAAAAGAACUCAUAGUGGAGAAAGACCGUUUUCAUGCGACCUCUGUGAUAAAACAUUUAAGUGUCGAUCUGGUUUACGAAGACACAAACGAUGGCACACUAGAGAUAAAACUUUCUCAUGUUAUGUUUGUCAUAAAAGAUUUUUGCAAAAAGGCAAUUUAUACAGGCAUGAACGCAUUCAUACAAGGGAAAAACCUUAUUCAUGUGACGUUUGUGAUAAAACAUUUAGCUAUUCAAGUAAUUUAGUUAGACAUAAAGUUGUUCACACUGAAGAAAGGCCAUUUUCCUGCGAUGUUUGUGAUAAAUCGUUUAAAACGAAAUACGAAACAACUAUGCACAAACAAAUUCAUACUGGAAAAAAACCUUUUUCAUGUGAUGUUUGUGAUAAAUCAUUUACGUCCAAGGGCAACUUAGUUGAUCACAAAAGAAACCAUACCGGAGAAAGACCUUAUUCAUGUAAAGUUUGCAAUAAAUCAUUUAGUUCUCAAAACAAUUUAGCUAAACAUAAAGUUAUUCACAUUGAGAAAAGGCCAUAUUCAUGUGAUGUUUGUGAUAAAUCAUUUAAAACGAAACAAGUAAGAGCUAAACACAAACGAAUUCAUUCUAGAAGAGAGGAGCUUUGUGAUUUUGAUAAACCGUAUUCAUAUGAUAUUUGUGAGAAAAAAAUUUAUUCAUCGGAUUAGUUUAGUUAAUCAUAAACUAAAUCACACUGGAGUCAAACCAUUUUCAUGUGAUGUUUGUGAUAAAACAUUUUUUCAAAAGGGAAAUUUAGAUAGACAUAAACUUAUUCACACCGGAGAGAA